CCAUAUUGUCUACCUCUGUAUCAGUACGUCCACUUGCACUGUCUGGAGAUUCAUCUUCACCAGGAUUAUCCAUUGCUAUCUGAAAAGCCUUAAUAAGAGACAGCAAAUCUUUGGUAGACUUCGCCAUGUUCAUCUCCUGUCUGUCCGACCACUGGUUCACGGACUUCCUGGACUAUGGCUGCUAUUGUGGAUUCGAUGGGGGCGGGACUCCCGUUGACGAUAUUGAUAGGUGCUGCAAGGCGCACGACGAGUGCUAUGCGUUGAUACAGGAAGAGUGCGGCAGCCUAAGCCCAUAUCUCCUGCCGUACUCUGCCACCUGUGGCAUGGGAUUUAAGCGCUCUUUGCCUGCUCAUUGUUAUCCACCAUCGUCUUAUUGGUUGGAAGGUAGAUGUCGCUACAACCUGUGUGAAUGCGACAGAAGAGCUGCAGAAUGCUUCACCACCGGCAAAUACAAUCUCACUUACUUCGCGUACGACCAACGACUUUGUUAAGAUAUUAAAAAGACAUUCAUCUCGAAACAAAUCUUGCUAAAUGUUGUCCUUAGUUUU